GUGCCACUCUCGAUAUGAUCGGCCACUUCCACCUCCUUUUGUCAACAAUAAUACACUUUCUCAUCUCCACCAGUCGCUUAUUACAGCCGCUUCGCCUCUCCUUCACGGUGUGAGGUCCUCGUCAUCGUCAUGCAGUCCUUUUUCGGCAACAAGCAGGGCCGGCCCACCGCAGUCUCCACCGUUACGGUCAAGAAAAAGGUGACCGUUCGGCCCGCCGCACCUCCUCUCCCUGGUCUCCCUCCACACAAGUCGGCACGAGCGGGCCCCUCGGCCCCGCGUCCCAAAUCCGAAUCUCGGUUGAGAGUACCCUCGCGCGGCUCGUCUCCCAGGCCGAAAUCGGCGGGCUCGGCGUCUCCUGCCCGCCCGCGCAAGACGCCAGCAGCCGAGAGGCGCGUCCUCCCCGAGUCGGACGACAGUGAGGAGGAUGCGCUUGACGCCUUUGACCGCAAGCGCCCCCGACUCGCCGGUGACGGCGUCACACCUGACGCUGGCGACGUGGACGUCGGGAGGAAAGUGUUUUGUCCCUCGCUCGUCGACGAGCGAGGCGAGUUCGGGCGCGGCUGGGCAGGCUUUGUUUCAUGCGAGGAGGCCGUCCGCGGCGAGGUCCGCGGGUGGGCUGGCGGACAAAAGGGAUCUAUGAGCAAAGGUGGCCGCGACAAGUAUAUUCCAUACUUUCCACAACCAGGCUUUGAGAACUCAGAUCCCAUUCCGUCAGUCGACUUGCGGUACCCCUCUGGAGCGGUGGAGAAAUUCAUCCUGUUGACUCCACAUUCAGCCUCAGAAUAUAACCCCAUUUCUGAGCUGAAGGCCGCUCUAGGGAUGAUCCUCAAGCACUACAUCCCCCCAUCUCACGCGCAUAUAUUUGGCACGCUUGAUGCGUCUGAUUACUUCGAGUCGGCUAUGCCCAGCCGACUGCAAACGCCUACAUCACUAUCCACUCCUCCUCCUGACGGCGCAUCGCCUCUCCCACAAACUCAACAAGAGACUAUCGGAGAGGCCUUGCGACGUGCACUUGCGCCAAAUCGUCGCGAUGGACCAGGGUUCGUCAAGGCGAUCCAACGGUUCAAUGUCGCACUGGCAGACCUGCAGGAGGACGGCACACUCGAAGCAUGGCUCACGAGCCGUGACUACCGCAUAUCGCGGAGCGAGUGGUCGGCGCUCAUCAACGUCGUGCAUGACUCUGCGUAUAACCGGGUAGUUGCACCCUUCGUGGAGCAACUAGCCCACCAUCCCAAACACCCCGAAGCUGUUGCAGCCGCCAUCAGCGAAAAGGAGGAUUCGUACGGCGAGCUAGGCAACACCUUCAUGAGCAAGGUCAUAGAACAGACUGGGCUCAAACCUGAUUCUGUGUUCGUCGAUCUCGGUAGCGGCGUUGGCAACUGCGUCUUGCGGGCAGCCGUCCAGGCCGGCUGCGCGAGCUACGGCUUCGAGCUGCUACCUGUUCCGUCGCAUUGUGCGCGCCGACAGCUGCGCGAGGUCCAGCGCCGCUGGGCCAUGUGGUGUCUUGAUGGCAACCUAAGCGUCGAGUGUCACGAAGGCGACUUCCGCACACACCCCGAAGUGAGACGUCGCCUCACCGAGGCAGACGUCGUGCUUGUCAACAACGAGGUGUUCCCGUCCUCGUUGAACAUGGACCUUACCCACCUCUUCCUUGACUUGAAGGAGGGCGCGACGAUCGUGUCGUUGAAGCCGUUCGUUCCAGAGGGAUUCCGUAUGAACGAGUCAAAUUGCGACUCGUUCGCUGCAAUCCUCCGCUCUACAUCGCACCAGUACUUCUCGGACUGGGUGUCGUGGAAGGGCGAUGGCGGGCGGUAUUACGUCCAGGUCGUUGACCGCACCCAGCGUGUCAAGUACGAGGAGAAGAUGAACGGCCGGCGGAGCCGAGGGUAGGGAAGCGGGGCUCUUGGAGCAAGUGAUAGAUAUCGUGUUGUACAGUCGCCCGUCGAUAGGGCGCUCUGUGUUAGAAUUGAUGCGUGCGCAUCCAUUUAUCUGCUGCACACGAUGUGCCUUCUGCGGCGUGCCUGGUAGGCUCCAGUGGGUCGCCGCAGUCCCACUAGCAGGUUGCGAGAGGAGAAGGCGAGCGACAUCCGGCAUCUGCCGAGCGUUCUCUCCUGCCCACACAGUCAGCUACCACUGGCGCUGGCACUUCAUCAGCACCCUCGUCAAUACAGAAUGAUGCAUGCUCGAGUGGUAGGGAAAUGAUACCCA